AGACCUGUUGGCCAACAAGUCCAACACUUGCAGUAACGACACCUGCUGGCAGGUUUAGAAAGCGUACUUGUGAAAAUAGCAUGGGCGCUAAUGUGCAGGUUGUUCAAUUCCAGCUAUUUUUUGGACUUUGCAAGGUCACGCGUACUCAAGGUGCUCCUUCUAGUCAUGUCCAAACAUUUGUUAGUCAUUAGCCUCAGCCACAAAACGCACCAACCAUCCCCCCCCCCUUUUUUUUCUACCUCUCGCCUUCCCUAUUCCAGGCCCUCCCUCAUUUUCCACUUUUUUUGUUCUCCUCUUCUUCUCCUGCUCCUACUCCUCCCUCUCACUGAAAGUUUCAUUCUGCAGAGGUUCAGUCUCCUCAGGCCGUGGAUGGGAGAGGGAUGAGAGGACAGAGUUCCAGUCUAAGACACUUUGGAAUAUUGGACUGAAUGAUGAAUGCAGCAGCUCCUCUUAGCUUAUUCUGCACCAACUUCUAAACCUGACAUCUUUUUCCUCCUGUUUUUUUUUUUUUGGCAUCUCCAUGCAACUGGAAAAUGAAUACUGACGCAUCAACUUGCUGACGCUUUGGCUUAUCCUGUGCACUUGUUUUGUGGAGAAGGCGGUGACAUCAUCACCAUCAGACACUCAGCAAUCAUGAAAGACAACUACGGAUAUGAGAACCAGCUUUUUAAAGAGGAGGAGCUCAACGGCGAAGAGGAGGAAAUACCUACAUUCAGAGGUCGCACUCGAGGUGGUUGCGUGAGGUGCCAGCAGAGCCAUUCUCUCCAACUGGCUGUCAAAGUCCUUGCUGCAUUUGUAGCAUUCCUCAUCAUCAUCGUUGCAGUGCUGGCGUCACUUGUAUUUAGGAAGGUCGAGCAUCUCGCUGAAGAAGAAUCAGUCUAUGACAAGAAGAUCACCAGGGCUCAGAAAGUACUAGAAGACCUGAGUAACUGUUCCGGCUGUUUGGAUGUGACUCUGUAUAGCGAGGAGAUCAGCAGACUCAAGCAGGAGUUCGAGGACGUGCAGAAAAUGUUACUAGGACAAGAGCAGGUCCUGGACCAAGCCUCUCAGACCCAAACCAAGCUAACAGCCACCAGCAACCAGCUGAGUCGCGACAUGCAGAGCCACCUGGUGUCCAUCAAACUUCUCAACCAGCUGCUGGAGAGAUACCAAGAUCAGGUGGACGGCUGGAAGGACGUGCUGGAAGAAAGCGAAGAGAAGAUGAAGACUCUGACGGAGGAUCAAUACGAUGUUAAAGCUACAGCACAGCAGGUCAACACCACCGUGGCACUUAGUACCAUGUGGAUUGAUGCCCUGCAGAGAAAAUCAGACGAGGAGACUCUGGUCCUCCAAAAGUUGACCAGCGACUGGCAGAACUACAGUCAGGUUCUCGGCCUGGUCAAAUCCAACACCAGCAGCAAUACGCAAACCUUACGCUCCCUCCAAAACAGCAUCAUAGCAGACCACCAAAGAAUGGUCAUGUCCUCAGAGAUGUACUACGAUCUUAGUCAGCAGGUGAUGAACCUGCAAAUGCAACUGGACAAUGUCACGUCUUUCAUGGAUGAACAUGAGGAGAACAUGCAUGACCUACAUUACCAUUCCAGAUAUUACGAAAACCGGACUGGCGAGCGUUUCUCCGCCUUAGAUGGUCGCCUGAACUCCAUCGAGAUGGAAAUUGACACCAUAUCCUCCAGCAUCAACGCCACCGUCACGCACGUCCAGAGCAUGUACAAGUACAUCAACAUUGAGAGCUCCACCUGCCAGAGUCGCCUGGGAAGACAAACUGAAGAUCUCCAGAACUUAAACAGCAGCGUGCUGUUACUUCUCAAUUCGGCCGACACACUGAGGCAACAGAACAUGUUGCUAAAUAUUCGUCUGGAUGUGGAUGUCAGGAACCUGUCGAUGGUGAUGGAGGAGAUGAAGUUGGUGGACACACACCAUACACAACUGAUCAGUAACUUCACUAUAUUAAGAGGUGCUCCAGGACCACCAGGGCCCAAAGGGAACCGUGGAGAAACCGGCUCCAAAGGACCUGUGGGACUAAACGGGAUAAAAGGUGAUCCUGGCCCAAUAGGAACCCGUGGAUCCCAAGGAGAAAAGGGCUUUUUUGGACCCAAAGGUGCAGCAGGCCAACCCGGCCCUAGUGGCAACAGAGGAGCCUUCGGCAAGGCAGGAAUUAAAGGAUCACCCGGUCAACCGGGACCACGUGGUGAAAGGGGCCAAAAGGGUGAUAGGGGCCCACUUGGUAAACCUGGCACCCCUGGACCAAGAGGUCCGUCAGGUAUCCAGGGCCAGGCCGGACUACCUGGAAUAAUCGGACCGGCUGGGCCUAAAGGAAAACCAGGACCAGCUGGGCCACCUGGACCACCAGGGAUUCCUGGCCCUCCAGGAGAACACCAUCAAGCCAAUACACAGCAGCAAAGCGAACCUGCUGUAGGACCCAAAAGACAAUAAUUGGAUGGAUUAGGUCUGGACAUGACUUUUGAUAGACCUGAUCCGAACAGGACAUUCCCAAUUAAUACUCUAGUCCAGUGAUUUUCAACCUUUUUUGAGCCACGGCAUGUUUUUUUUACAUUGGAAAAAUUUUGUGGCACACCGCUAACCAAAAAUGUUACAAAAUGUCACCACGACCUCACACGUGCAUCAAUAAGUCUAUGGGAGGAACAAGCUAGGUGUUGCCACACGGACCAAUAUUCCAUUGCUCUGCCAGUCUUUACACCACAGACACUCCACAGUAGCCAUGUUUUUACAUCACCACUUUUUCUCUUUCCGAAUGACCUUUCGGGAAACAAUGGUAUCCAUGGAAAGGAAUAUUCCAAUCUCUUGUCUACAUGCGCCGUGAAAAUCAACCAGAAUAGUCAAUAAGGGCAUGCCCAGUAAAACGUAAACAUCAACAUCACGUGAUACCGACUUCCCAGGAGUUUUUCUUUCACUUGUUGGAAUAACUCCGUAUUGCCAGUUUUUCGUCUGUCCAGUCUUGAAAUUUAGUUUGAAUCAAAAACAAACUUUGCUUAGUCCAGUGCCGAUUGCCGGCCUCCAUUUUUAAAAGUGAAGAACGUCUGGAUCUGCGUGUUACGUCAUAUCUGAGCAUGCGCUGAAAGAACGCACCCGGGAUAAAUUUAAACAAAAAAAGAUCAAAUUCAAUCUUGUUAAUAUUUUAUAAUUAAACUCAGGACAUGUUUUAUAUAGACAUAGAUUUUCUUUUUUAAUAAAACUGGAGGCGGCACAGCGGUCGAGUGCUUAGCACGCAGACCUCACAGCUAGGAGACCAGGGUUCAAUUCCACCCUAGGCCAUCUCUGUGUGGAGUUUGUUCUCCCCGUGCAUGCGUGGGUUUUCUCCGGGUACUCCGGUUUCCUCCCACAUUCUAAAAACAUGCUAGGUUAAUUGGCCACUCCAAAUUGUCCAUAGGUAUGAAUGUGAGUGUGAAUGGUUGUUUGUCUAUAUGUGCCCUGUGAUUGGCUGGCCACCAGUCCAGGGUGUACCCCGCCUCUCGCCCAAAGACAGCUGGGAUAGGCUCCAGCACCCUCGUGAGGAUAAGCGGUAGAAAAUGAAUGAAUAAAAGUGGACUUGUGAAUGGCGUAUAGAAGGGUUUAGAUUCUGUUCCACAGAUGGCGCUAAUGCAUACGAAAGCUGCUUGCCAACCGCCAAUAAACAACAGAAGAAGAAAAACACCACGAAGAAGAACGCAGUCUGACAACUUUCCGUUUGAGCGGGUACAAGAUACCUCAAUCGGAUUGGUUAAAGGAAUAUUAUAUUUCCGUUUGAGCAAAUAAACCAAAUGCAAUUGGAAUAUUUGGGUCCAUGUAUACUAUUGACAUAAUGACUAUUGACAUCAUAUUUGCUGAUUAAUAAAUGUUAAUUAUAAAAAGUGAUAAUUGGAUAAUUCCUCACGGCACACCUGACGGUUUCUCAAGGUACACUAGUGGUUGAAAAUCACUGCUCUUAGUCCAUGCUGAUGAAUCAUGGCUGAUAUGAAUGAUCAUUCUUUGCAACUGUUUUUCAGAGCAGGUACUCUGAAGUCAACAUGCAUCUGCUGUGUGAAAUCAAAUUAGUGAGUCCGAUUGAAGAAUUUCACCAUCUGUUGGAAAUCGGGGGUGGGGGGGGAUCAUUUAUAUAUCAGACAUAAAACUACAACUGGUGAGUGUUGUCAUGACAUGCGACUGGCUUGCAUCGAACAAUAAAAGUCGACAUUGAAGUGGUGGUCUCGAUUGUAUCUUGACAUUGUUAUUGUUGCCUCGUGAAGGAAAAGGAGCGGCUUUUAUUAUUAACACAAAACACAUGCCAGGACCCUCCCUUCACAUUUCUGCGGUUUUCCACCAGUUGCUUUCAAAGGACAUUCUUAAAUGACUCUUGCUCUGGGAAUCUUGCCAAAAAUGUACACUUUACACAAUAGUCUUAACAUAGAUUUAGCAUACAUUUCAAGUGACUGGAUGCUGAAGAAUGAUUGCCUUAAACCCGCCAUCAGCAUGAAGUUGUCUUCAUAUCACUUACUGUAAUAUGCGACGGUUCAUGUUUCAGCCACAAUCAACCCUUGGUUCGCUUAAGAAACACAAGGGAAUCAAUCCAGUGUUUAGAUUGGCUCAAGCCUCUUGAUAGUUUAAUUUUUCAGGUCUAUCUGAGCAUUAUUCAAGUGCAAACCUUUUUAAAUGAGUUUCACAUGUCUAACUCAAGAAUGAUGCUCACAGAAAUAACACUUUGCUGCAUAUGGAUGCUGACAAAUGAAAUGGAAGACACUAAUAAAUCAAAUCAAAUAUCUGCAUGCAAUACCCUUGCCUAAAAAACACCCAUAUAGUCCUGCCGCAAGGCAUGCUGGGUAGCUUGUGGUAAUCUUUCUCACAAAAUGUUGUUUUUGUCACAUUUUUGCUUCAGUGCAUAAUGUCUUGAUUAGGUAGUCAGAGGAGUAAACAAGGAGGCGUGAACAUACUAUUGAUGUCCAAUUUUUAUUGUCCAUAGGUAUGAAUGUGAGUGUGAAUGGUUGUGAUUGGCUGGCCACCAGUCCAGGGUGUACCCCGCCUCUCGCCCGCAGACAGCUGGGAUAGGCUCCAGCACCCCCGCGACCCUUGUGAGGAAAAAGCGGUAGAAAAUGAAUGAAUGAAUGAAUGCAUAAUGUGUUGAUUAGGUAGUCAGAGGAGUAAACAAGGAAGCGUGAACAUACUAUUGAUGUACAAUCUUUAUUGUUCAUAGACUACCUAGCAUGCCUUGUGGCUAUUUGGGAAUAACAUUUUUAAGUUACAAGUUAUGUUUAGCGCUUAGUUUUUGAUUUAUGUGAUGUGAUAACCUGCUGCGGAUAUGAUGUGUUCGUUUCGUGGCACCGUGAGCAAGUAUGUCGUUCUGCUUGAUGCCACCUAUUAUAAUAUAGAUGGCACCGCUGCUGAUUUUUUUUAACCCAAUGUGGCACAGGAGUCAAAAAGUUUGCGCACCCCUGGUCUAGACUAACGAAGCCCCCCCCACCCCCCCCCAAAAAAUACUAACAUUAGUACGGGGGUGUCACAUAAUGGAAAAUAAAGGAUGCAAGGGCCACUU